AUGGACGAAACUGGUAUGCAGUUUGAUUAUCGCCCUGAAAAAAUAAUUGCUAAAAAAGGAGUAAAGUAUCUACAUAGUCGUACUUCAGGUAAUCGGGAAACGAUUACUGUUAUAGCAUGCUUUAAUGCAACCGGUAACUCUAUUCCUCCACAUUUUAUAGUAAAAGGAAAAACUAUAAGAUCUCUGUGCAAUUUUCAAAUUGAAAAUGCCCCUGAAGGAAGCACAUGGAGUGUUUCAGACAGUUGUUGGACAAAGCAGGGCAUUGCGUUUCUCUGGUUUACAAAGUCAUUUCUUCCAAAUAUUGGUUCUGACAGACCUCAGUUACUUAUUUUAGAUGGACAUGACUCACACAACUUUGUUGAGUUAUUAGAUGUGGCUGUGGCAAACAAAAUACACAUUGUUGAAUUGCCUGCGCACACUUCCAACUGGCUACAACCUUGUGAUAGGACAGUGUUUGGCCCACUCAAAAAAGCUUACAGAAAAGCAUGUGAGAAUUUGAUUAGUAAUUUUCCUGGGACACUAGUUUCGAAAGUUAGUUUUUGUGGCUUGAUGAAGCAGGCUUGGAGUGAAUCUGUUACUGUAAAUAAUAUUAAAUCUGGUUUUCGAGCUUGUGGAAUCUUUCCAUAA